AUGCUUUAACCACUAAAAGAAGAGGAAUUAAAUGAAAUUUAUACAUGGGUCGAUCAAAUACCUCUCAGCAGACCAAAAAAGAAUAUAGCCAGAGAUUUCGCUGAUGGCAUAUUGAUGGCUGAAAUAAUGCAUUACUUUCUACCUAAAUUGGUUGAUAUGCAUAAUUACAGUCAAGCAAGUUCGGUCAAAUAGAAAAAGUAUAACUGGGAUACAUUAAACACAAAAGUAUUCAAAAGGAUCGGCUUUACUCUCUCCAAAGAUUAAGUUGAUAGUGUGAUUUCAUGCUAAUCUGAAGCCAUUGAGAGAGUAUUGAAGUUUGUUUAAGCCAAAUUGGAAUACUAUUUAGAAAACAAUACUAAUUCUGCUGAAAAACAACCUCAACAAACAGACAGUCAAACUGCACCACCACCAUUAUUAGCAAAUGAAUGGCAAAAAGAUUAACAAAUUUUUGAAUUGCGAGAAACAAUUGAGGUAUUAGAAUAAAAAUUGCAUCGUAUGGACGAACUCAUGAAAUAAAAAGAUGCUAAAAUAUUGAGGUAUUAAUAAUUGCUAUAAUAAAAUGGUUUAUUAUGA